CUUUCUUUUCUAUCCUCCGAUUAUGGGUCAGCCAGUCAUUCCACCAAAUCCGCCGAGAACAAGCCUGGAGGGCAAGACAUGCCUUAUCACUGGUGCAAAUACCGGAAUUGGAUUCGAGACCGCUCGCCAGAUGCUGACACUCAAAGCCUCCCGUGUCAUCAUCACUGCUAGGGACAAGUCCAAGGGCCAGCAUGCCGUCGCUGCACUUUGUCAGGAUCCCGAGGUAGUUGCAGCUAACCCGUCAGCCCGCAUUGAGAUGUUCCACCUAGACCUCGACGACUACCACUCGGGAUUGGCACUAUGUGAUCAAGUUAAAAGAGAGGUCCCUGACCUGGAUGUGCUCUUGUGCAAUGGUGGUAUGAAUAUAAUGAGCUAUCAGGAAAGCAAAAACGGCCAUGAGCAGGUGAUGCAAGUCAACUGCUAUACCCAUUUCCUAAUAGUCCUGGAGCUGCUCCCACUCCUGCAAGCCACAGCAGUGAAGCGCAAAAGUCCAUCACGGGUGACAUUUGUCGGCUCCGGAACUCAGUAUCACCAUACAUUGACCAAAGCCCCCCUCGCAGACAAUGAAAAUGUUCUAAGCCACUAUGACGACACGAAGAUCUACCAUGGCCUCCAGCGCUAUUCCGAUAGCAAACUUGUUGUGAACGCUUUCAUCCGCCGUCUAGCCAGGAUUGUUUCGGACUCCGAAGUCAUCGUCAACAACUUCUGUCCUGGUCUCGUCGAAACGACAGGUUUCGAUCGGGGGAUUCCCCGCUGGCUGAAAAUAAUUAUGUACGUCUACCGUGGGACGUCAUCCCGGCCUUUGAAGCAUGCGGGUUGGACAGCUAUCUAUGCAACGGCCGUCAGUGGACGUGAGAGUCAUGGUAAAUUCAUGCAAAGCAACAAGAUUGAUCCGGGACCGCCGUUUCUGAAUCAACCUGCAGGGAAUGACUUUCUUGAACGCCUGUGGACAGACUUUGUGGCGGAUGUGGCUCCUUUGGACCCGAAGUUGAAACCAUUUGCUCAUUGAAAACGGUUCAUGUCUUCGCUUAGACUCCUUUUAUUUCCUUCUUGAAUCACCAUAAUGCACAAGCUUCAUAAUUCUCCAAUGAGCAUAAUCUGUUAUUUGCG